CAAAUGAGGCACUUUGGACGCAUGCGCUUAGGAUCUGCGCGGCGGUUUUGCGAGUGGGAAGUGGCGUUUGUAAGAGGAUCGUCGCCUUGCCCGGAAGUGGCAUCGGACACCUGCCGGAGGGCGGUUUUGCGGUCCAGGCAGAGAUAGUGGUGCCAGGCCUAUCCGGGUCGUGCCCCUUGGCGUGGGGCGAGAAAGAAGAAAGGAUCUUCUAUGGGUUAUAUUUGCUGAAAGUUUUUGGUGAUAACAUUUACCAAAUCAAGAGGAUAACUUUUCUUCCUAGUUUGGAUUCAUUCCCAGUAGAAAAAUCUGCCUAAGAGUAAGACAGAGAGAUGGAAAAGCCCAGUUAAAGCUACCUUUCCAGAUAGUUCAACAACUAAGUCACCAGUUUCCAAGGGCAUUUGCACCAUCUCUGGAAAACAUCGGAUCCAUGUACACCAGAUGUCCCUGACAACUCAUCCACCAUCUCCCUGCACAAAAUUUGCACCACCGGUGGACAACAAAGGCAACCAUUGUUUCUUUUUGUUACCAAGUAGAUAUAAUAUCCCUACCAACAAAACAGAAUACACAAAGUGUCUCCACAGUAUCACGACCAAUUGAGAACAGGCUAAGAAAAUCAGCUUGCGAGGACCCCUUCUCUUCUUGGGUAGCCAGGAUUUGAAGGAGAGACUCUGACCUGUACCACACCGCUGGUAAGUGACUUAACACUUUUACACACUGAACUGGUCCUGAGAACUGAGAUGUCUUCUUUGUAAGUGAAGAAUAUACAACAUAAUCUUGAAGAACUGCACAGUGUGAUAAUGAGCCAAAGGCAUACUGUGUGUGUGUAAUGGACUGACAAGAUUAAUCUUGCUGAAGGAUUUUCCACCUUUUGUUUCUAUUUGCUAGUUUUAGUCAAUAUUUUGCUGGCUUAGAUUGUUACCUUUUUCUAGUUUCUUCUGUUCUAAUCUAAUGGGUCCCAGAAAUCCCUCUCCUGACCCCUUAUCAGAAUCAGAAAGUGAGGGAGAAGAAAACGCUAACUACCUAAAUGAGAGUUCUGGGCAAGAGUGGGAUUCCUCUGAAGAAGAAGACCCUGUGGUGCCCAACCUCACACCUCUCGAGAGUCUUGCCUGGCAGGUUAAGUGCCUUUUAAAAUACUCUACAACUUGGAAACCUUUAAAUCCUAAUUCCUGGUUAUAUCAUGCUAAACUCUUGGAUCCAAGCACACCAGUCCAUAUACUUCGAGAAAUAGGUCUAAGACUCUCCCAUUGCUCCCAUUGUGUACCUAAACUGGAACCCAUUCCUGAAUGGCCUCCUCUGGCUUCUUGUGGAGUCCCACCUUUUCAAAAGCCCCUUACAAAUGCCAGUCGGCUUUCUAGAGAUCAUGCCACUCUUAAUGGAGCGCUGCAGUUUGCCACCAAACAGCUAAGCCGAACAUUGAGUAGGGCCACUCCUAUACCUGAAUACCUAAAACAGAUCCCUAAUUCAUGUGUUUCUGGUUGUUGCUGUGGCUGGUUAACUAAAACAGUUAAGGAAACAACCCGCACUGAGCCCAUCAACACUACAUACUCGUACACUGACUUCCAGAAGGCAGUUAACAAACUCUUAACCACAUCACUCUAAAGACCCACCAUUUGUUCUGAUCUCUCUUGUAUUGCUGAUUGAGGAAGGAAGUACAAAGUCACACAUACCACAGUUGAGAAACAAAUGCCUUUUCAACCAAACCAUGCCCUGUCCUAACAAGCCCGUAAGUACUACCAAGUAUAGUGGUCCCAUAAUUCAGCUAUAGAAAAUGCAUGAUGAGCAGGCCCUUUGACAGAUCCUGUGGAUAAAAAGAACUUCAGUAGAAAAUUAGACCAAAGGGACCAUAUUACAAAAGUUAGGUAGACUCUUGUCCACACUCAGUUCCCCCACCAAUUUGUUCUGCCUCACUGAAUGGACUCUUGACCAGAUGUCUCAUUGUGAACAGGAAGGAAGAAGUAGUAGCUCCCUAUCCCUUUUGUUACCUAACCUUCAGACUAGCCAGUGGGGAAAGAAGGAACUUAGCUACUCCCAAUAACACCUCUCUGAGCAUACUCUUUUCUAACAUUAGUGUCUGUGAGACAGUUGCAUGAAUUUGAAUUCCCUAGACAAAAGAAAAUGGUGGGGCUAUGGAUUUAUUUCCCAGCUUUUAUACAGAUAGGCUAUAUAUGGCACCCUUUAGGGUUCCUAUUUUGCGGGAAGGGAGUGCAGUUUCAAACCUAGGCUGCAUUUCUUCGGGCCUGUUAUAUAGUACCUGCAGUUACAGUAUAAACCUUUAUAUCAUAGGUUCCCAUCACACUAUCUCUAGCUACAUUGGCCUAAAAAUUGCAACCAGGGGUUAAACAGACACCUGUUCUGCAGGGAAUAGGUUUCCUGCAUCUUGGCAUUCAGACUUUAGUCAAUAGCACAUCACAUUUUAAAAGAUCAAUGGGAAAAGGAUUAAGGGUAUUUAUGCUUUCAAUAUUAACUGCUAGUGAAUUAAAAUAUUUCAUCUGUAUAAUGUUCUCAGCAGUACUUUAUGCACUGUUUACAUCCAUAGAAAUUUCAGGAAGUCUUCUAACUUUAAAGAACUUACCACUAUAGUAUAUCUAUCAGAAGUUGGAGUUUUAGCUUUAUUGUCUUUCUACAUAGAUCAGCUUCAGAUUUUCUUCUAGCUCAAUAAGGAAGAGAAAUGUACCCCUGUAAAUGAAUCUUGGUGCAUUUAUUUAAAUGAAUCAAAACAUAGAAAUUAUACAUAAAAGAAGAUGUAUGGGACCAAUAAAUCUUUUCACACGUCUACCAUAGAAUAAAACCUGUGUGUAUGAUCCUGGUUGACUGGGCAUCUAAAAGGAAUCAGAAAAUAGAUUGUUAAAGAUCUUAAAUCCUUUCAUUUUACUUUUACUUUUUCCUAUUCUCCAUAAUUAAGUACUGUAUAUGAUGUGGCAUGAAAAAAAUGGAAGCAUUAUGAAAUCACAAAUUCUAUACAUGUAUGGCAACUUUAAGGAGAGAGGAGAAUGUUUAUAAUCCAAUGACUAUUUCUACUGAGCCUUAGUUCUCAUGUCUUAAGAAAAAAAGAGGGACUUGUAGUAGGUAGAAAAGAUAUUUGUUAAUGGAAAAUUACUGAAAAACCGUAUCAUACUGUUAGUGUAACUGAAUGUAUCAGAAACUGUUCCUAUGUAUAGAUGUUCUGUGAAAUUGGGUUUUUAAAGUGUUAUAAGAACCUGUUCCCUUUUUUUUUAAGGGGGAGGGGGGAAGAGGUAGGGAGGUCUGAAAAUUAAAAUAUAUUGAUGUUUAUGUAACCAUAAUAUGUUCCUUUUUCUGUGUGUAUAUAUAAAAGUGCCUUGCCAUGAAGCGUUUUUGCUAUUCACUUUGAAAGGAAGCCUUUCCCCAGCUCUGCAGCUGAAUAAACCAACAGCUUUGUACAUGCUGAA